CUGUUAUAAAAACCCAGUCAGCCUGGCUCCUGUUGAAGAGUCCACCCCCUUGCACGCUACCUGAGACAGUUGCAGCCUGCAAUUCGUUCCUGGGAUCGCACUGGACCUGUGUGCUCCGAACAAGGUGCCCGCCCAGCUGCAGCCAUGAGGAUCUGUAGCCUCACCCUGCUCUCUUUCCUCCUACUGGCUGCUCAGGUGCUCCUGGUGGAGGGGGAGAAAAAAGUGAAGAAUGGGCUUCAUAGCAAAGCAGGCUCAGAACAAAAGGACACUCUGGGCAACACCCAGAUUAAGCAGAGAAGGAGGCCUGGGAACAAAGGCAAGUUUGUCACCAAAGACCAAGCCAGCUGCAGAUGGGCUGUGACUGAGCAGGAGGAGGGCAUCUCUCUCAAGGUCGAGUGCACUCGAUUGGACCAUGAAUUUUCCUGUGUCUUUGCUGGCAAUCCAACCUCGUGCCUAAAGCUCAAGGCCCAGAGAGUCUAUUGGAAACAAAUUGCCCGGAAUCUGCGCUCACAGAAAGACAUCUGUAAAUAUCCCAAGACAGCCGUGAAAACCAGAGUGUGCAGAGAGGAUUUUCCAGAAUCCAGUCUUAAGCUAGUGAGCUCCACUCUACUUGGGAGCACAAAGCCCAGAAAGGAAAAAACAGAGAUGUCCCCCAAGGAGCACAUCAAGGACAAAGUGACCACCUCCUCUAGCCCAGCAGUGACCCAGACCGUGAUCACCAAAGCUCCCGAGUGUACGGAGGACCCAGAUGUGGCAAACCAGAGGAAGACUGCCCUGGACUUCUGCGGAGAGAGUUGGAGCUCUCUCUGCACAUUCUUCCUCAGAAUGAUUCAGGACACAUCAUGCUAAUGAGGUCAAAAGAGAACGGAUUCUCUUAAGCGAUGUCAUGUCAUAAGUCCCUCUAUAUGCUAUAAAGCUCUCUACAGUCCCCAACAGAUAGGAAGUUUUGUGCUACGUGAGUGCAACAAAAUAUUUAAACAGAUUUUGUAAUUUUUGCUUUUGUGUUUUGGAAUUUGCUUUAUUUUUCUUGGAUGUGAUAAGUCUUUGAGCUGAAUGAGCCAGAGUGAUAAUUUCAGUGCAAAGAACUUUCUGCUUAAUUAACAAAGAUAAUAAAAUUCUGGAUGUUUUUCAGAAAUACAUUCAAA